AUGGCGACAAGACGUGUGUCUCAAGAGCUCUCGCUCGAUUAUGGCGAUAUAAGUGACCUGAGACGGUGUCCAGCGAAACAAACACCGAUACCACAUACCCAUAAGCUCCCUGCAACAGAGGGCAAGUGGUGGAAGGGUAAGAGACCCGCGCAUGACCCGCCGAUGCUGCGACUGACAGUGCGGCCUAGCACACACAGGGCGGGGGAGAUGGCCGCUCUCCCGUCCCAGAGACGCACCGGCAAACAGGCACUACGAGCAAGCCCCGCUGCCCCACCUCUGGACCGGUGGGGGAGAUCCCGGUCCACCAAGCAGAGACAACCCAAGGCAGACCGAAGCAACACAGGCCGCCUCAUUGGCAAAGCGAGAGCACAGAGCUCCAUCCAAGAUGGCAGAAAUUACGGGCACUGA